GUUAACCCGUCAUCUUAAAUGUGACUGAGCAGGAAGCCGUGGUUCAGAAGAGCAGAAACAUGUCUUCAUCCAUGUACACGACGGCGGAGGGCGUGCUGGUGGUCACCCAUGUGCACCCAUUUCCCCACGGUGCUCCCCAGGGUGCUGGACUCCCACAUUGUGUGGGAGUCCAGAAGUUCAGCAAGAACCAUCCAACUGUGCUCGGGACAAUUCAGAUCAUGGUCGGCCUCACCGUUCUGCUGUUUGGCAUCGCCAUGGCGAUUCCAGCGGACACGAUUGCCGCGUUCUCCGGCCUCUGGGUCUGGGGAACUUUGGUCUACAUCACAGCUGGAUCCCUGACAGUGGCUGCUGGGAAAUAUCUCACCCGCUCUCUGGUGAACGCUGCUCUGGCUUUCUGUGUCAUUGCAGCAGUUUUUUCCACCACCGGGACCAUCCUCUACUCUCUGGAUGCUGCAGGCUUGAUCCCUCAGUGCUGCGGCGAAAAUGACCAAUAUACCUGCUACAUUUAUCAGGGUCGGAUGGCGGGCUUUUCGGGGGUCUUGGCUAUUGCUAACCUACUAGAGCUGAUUGUCUCGAUCGUCGUCGCAGGAAUCGCCUGCAACGCCACUUGCAACUGCAGCGGAGAGCCGAGAUCAGUUAUUGUUAUACCUGCAGCGUUGGGUUUACCCGAGGUACCAGCAGCGGCUCCGCCCGUCUCACAGGUGCAGAACAAUUCUAAAGACCCACAACAACCGAGAGCCACAGGUGAACCUGAGCCUCCAACCUACGAUUCUGUCAUCAGCUGAAAACAACCUGCCUCUUCUGCAUUACCUGGCAACAUUAGGACUGAUACAGAUCUCUUUACGUGCACGCCCGUGAGCCAUCCAGGAAAAUGGCUUCAAUGUUUUCUCGCUUUCAAAACCUAAACUGACUUGUGUAAGAUUUGACAUCAGAAAAGCACAACGUGUCGGCUGUUCACCUUCUGAAAUGAUUAAACUACAUUCUUAUAUCUGCA